AUGAGCUGGCAUUAAUGACGCACGCCGGAAGUGUUUAUAAACUCAGGGCUAAGGAGCUAAGCUAAAGGCUAACGCGUUGAGCAGAGGCGUCAAACAACGAGCAGCUGUCAGUGCACGAUUUCACCUUUAAUUGUUUAAAGUUUACAGGUGCAAAGAUGAGUCUCCAGUGGACGGCUGUGGCUACGUUUCUUUAUGUCGAAGUAUUUUUAGUUUUGCUUCUGUGCAUUCCAUUCAUCUCCCCCAAAAGAUGGAGUAAGAUCUUCAAGUCUCGUCUGGUGCAGACCAUCGCUCUCUAUGGAAACACCUGGUUCAUGGUGGCCAUCGCCAUCUUGGUCUUCCUCCUCAUCGAUGCGUUCAGGGAAGUGAGGAAAUACAGCGUCACAGAGAAAGUGGAUCUGACUAACAAUCCCACGGCCAUUGAACACAUCCACAUGAAACUUUUCCGAGCCCAGAGGAACGAGUACAUCGCAGGAUUCGCUUUACUCCUCUGUCUGCUGCUGCGUCGACUGGCCACCCUCCUGUCCCAGCAGGCCUCUCUGAUGGCGUCCAACGAGGCCUUCCAGAAACAGGCCGAAGGAGCGAGCGCCGCCGCCAAGAAGUUUAUGGAUGAGAAUGAGCUUCUGCAGGAGAAGCUGCGCGAGGCGGGAAUCGAGAUCCCAGAGCCAGGAAAAGCUGCCGGGCUCCAGGAGGAGAACAAGAACCUGAAAUCUGAACUGAAGACGAUCAAAGAGGAACUGGACUCUUCCAAGAAAGCUCUACAGAAGUCUGACAGUGACGUCCGUGCGAUGAAGAAACAGGCCGAGAACCUCACAGUGGAGUACGACCGACUGCUGGAGGAGCACAGCAAACUACUGGCAACAAGUGACAAAAAAUCCGACUGAAGCUUCAAACUCCUUGUGUCUGCUUUUCCGCCCGACAACCGCAUGUGUCAUUGCUCCUCUGCGCUCUGAUUGGUUCAAAACGGACUCAUCACUUUUAUUAUCAGACUUUUGGAGUGGACCAGUUCUCUGACGGGCUUUUCUCUGAAGGUUCCUUUUUAUUUUAGGAAAUGUCGUUUUGGUUUGUUCAAGAUGUAAAGGUUUGAAUUGGAGCGGUUUAGUCUCACUUCUUUCACGUUUACGGUUUUGUGAAUGUUCAGUUUUUAUGCUUUAUUCUCUUCACGGUUUGUUUUUAGAUGACUUUGUCUUUUUUUAUUUCUUUUUCAAAUAAUAUUCCUCACUGAGUUACACUUUUCUUAUCCACAUUCCAAAAAAAAGUCACAGAAUGUUUAAUUUGUAUUUUGUUUGUUAGAUUUUAAGAUCUAAACAGAAACGACGACCUUUCCAUAUUCAAAGUUUUUCCUCCUACAAGGACUCACUUUUUUUUUUGGGGAGUUUGAAGCUUUAAAGGUACGUUGUGUAACUUCUGGUGGAGGGUCUGUCAAAUGCUUUUCGCUUGUCACAGUAAUUUUUGAGCUAUAACGCCACCUGUAAUCCAAUAAAUGCAAUGUAGAGCUGUUUAAUGUCAUUCUGGCAGAGCAAUGACAUAUCCAUAGAAACAAGCAGGUGACAAACCUCCAACCAAAAAGUUACACAGUGCACCUUUUAAAACUGAAAGUAUUGUAAUUAAUCUUUCCGAAAGUUGAAAGACCAAAGCCCAAAUCACGUUUUCUUGAAAUGGUUCUCGUCAUGUUCGGUUCUAAACAGUAAAACGGUGAACUGAGUUUAGAGCAUCAUGUUUCAUUCCACUGUAAAAAGCGCUGGUUUUCAAAAUCAAAUAAACUGUUUAAAAAUG